GAUAUAAGUAAAGUUUAUUAAGUGAAGCGUAUACCGAUUCAAGUGAGAGAGGGACAAAUUUCACUCGCGGUAGCCAUUCAAAGAGAAAAUUUUGGACUCCGUCCAGCGGCAGUCUGACGACACGACGCGAGCAGAGCGAGUCUCGAGCCUUGGGGACGGGCCGCUUGAGGGCGCCACCGACUCGGCCGUUGCAAACCACGCCAGACCAGGUUCAGUUCCGUUGCUGCGUCUGCCAUGUUUUGAUCGGAUUAUUGCUGGGGUCGCAGCCAAAACGUCGUAUUUGCGUGUUUUCCGAAUUUCUCGGUGUGUGCGAAGUGCUGACGAUAUGAACCGACUCGGUAACUAAAUUCGGUGCACCAUGAAGUGUCAAUACUCCGACCCAAAGUUAUUUCACGUGACCAAAACAGUGCCGUACAGGCUACGAAAAAUUCCAAACCUCUAUCUCAAGUUUUCUAAACGCAAGAACUCAAUUUGCCAGUGUAUAUGGUGACGACUUGAAGUGAAACUCGGCUUAAAUGCCUUUGUGACGAUGUCAGUGCCGCAGUAAGGCGUGUUUUCCGUGUAAUGGUCGGUGCUGGUGUUGGUGUUUACAUGGAUACCUGGUUGUUGUUAUUGUGGAUGUGCUAAGCCGUGUGGAUCUUCGCCGUGUUGGAUGCAGUGUUCAAGUGGUUCAGUGUUUGCCUGACUUGAAGCGUCUGGCCAGUGUCGUCGAUUUUGUGCCCCGAGCCUUGAGCCUUCCGUGCGCGGAUCGCGGAAUCGCGAGUGAAGUGAGAGGCUCGUAGUGGUGGAUGGUGCCCUGGUACCGUGGUGAGGUUAGGCAGUGACUCGAUGGUGCUUUUGAGUUCGGACGUGUCGACACCGACUCGCUCGUCAGCCUGCGUGGCGAUGGACUGCACCUCCGUGGCGGCGGCGAUGGUGCCGCACCCCAUGAAGCAGCGGGGCGAGCGGGGCGAGCCGGCUGGAGGCAACACAGUGUCUGGCGGAGUGUCUGCGGCGCCGUCGUCCUGGCACCACCACAAACAUGAGCAGCUCAUGCUCCUAGAGAAGCAGAAGACUAAAGCGCCGGACAGUGGCGGCGGGCGGCGCUCGGAGCGCCAUGCGCCCCUGUACGGCCGCCUGGUGGCCGAGGAGCAGAUGGCGGGCGUCGGCGUGGGCGUCGGGGGCGUGGGCGGCGUCGGGGCGGCCGGCGCCACGCCCAGCGACAUCCAGGCCAUGCAGGCCCGCAUCCCGCAGAACUUCCGGGACCCGUCGACGGCGCCGCUUCGGAAGCUGUCCGUGGACCUCAUCAAGACGUACAAGCACAUCAACGAGGUGUACUAUGCCAAAAAGAAGCGACGGGCGCAGCAAACCCAAGGUGAAGACUCAUCACAUAAGAAGGAAAGGAAACUUUACAACGAUGGUUAUGAUGAUGACAACCAUGAUUACAUAAUCAAGAACGGCGAAAAGUUCCUUGACCGGUAUGAAAUUGACUCUCUUAUUGGAAAAGGUUCCUUUGGACAAGUAGUGAAAGCCUUCGACCAUGAGGAACAAUGUCAUGUUGCUAUCAAAAUAAUUAAAAACAAGAAACCCUUCCUCAAUCAAGCUCAGAUUGAAGUGAAGCUCUUGGAGAUGAUGAACAAGGCUGAUGUGGACAACAAAUACUAUAUAGUGAGACUGAAGCGACAUUUUAUGUGGCGUAAUCACCUGUGUCUAGUCUUUGAAUUACUAUCAUACAAUCUGUAUGACCUUUUGCGGAAUACAAAUUUUCGUGGAGUGUCCUUAAACUUAACUCGAAAGUUUGCACAGCAACUCUGCACCGCAUUAUUAUUUCUUUCCACCCCAGAGCUCAAUAUAAUUCAUUGUGACCUAAAACCAGAGAAUAUUUUAUUGUGCAAUCCUAAAAGGUCAGCAAUUAAAAUUGUGGACUUUGGAAGCUCUUGUCAGUUGGGUCAAAGAAUUUACCAGUACAUUCAAUCACGAUUUUAUCGGUCACCUGAAGUACUGUUAGGCAUCUCGUAUGACUUAGCUAUUGACAUGUGGAGCUUGGGAUGCAUCUUAGUUGAAAUGCAUACAGGAGAACCUUUAUUUAGUGGUGCUAACGAGGUCGAUCAAAUGAACAAAAUUGUGGAAGUUCUUGGUAUGCCUCCUAAGCAUCUUUUAGAUGCUGCUCAUAAAACAAGAAAAUAUUUCGACAAAGUUCCUGGAGAUGGUUCGUAUGUUCUAAGAAAAAGUAGGGAUGGAAAGAAAUAUAGAUUACCUGGCACCCGAAGGUUACAUGAUUUACUUGGGGUGGAUAGCUGGGGUCCAGGUGGUCGCCGUUUAGGGGAACCUGGUCACUCUGUAUCAGAUUAUCUUAAAUUUAAAGACCUUAUUAUACGAAUGUUAGACUAUGAUCCCAAAACAAGAGUGACUCCCUACUAUGCACUUCAGCACAACUUUUUCAAACGCACUGCAGAUGAAUCCACAAAUACCAAUACAGGUGGUCCCAGUGGAAGUGCGAGUACGAGUCCAGCUGUGGUCUCACACUCAUCACAUUCAUCGCAUCAAAGCCACUCAACUCUAACAUCUUCACACCCUGAACCAAUGGUGGGAUCUAGUCCAUCAACGUCCACAACGGGUUCUAAUGUGCAACAACAAGGUGCAGGUGUGGCUGCAGGGACACGAGACUGGGUUGACCCUGCUUACAUGGGGUCGUACCUGUCGCACUCAUCGCUUGCAGCCCAUCCAUCUCAAGCCAAUGCUAUGGAGUGUGAACCGUCUUACCCCAGACAUCAGGCACACCACAUGGGGCUGAGUAGGCUUGCGCCCACUGGGCGUUACGCACCCCAGUCCCUGCCCAUGGAGCAGCUACCAGGCUUAGACUGUACGCAGACUGGUAGUUUGAACAUCCCCCUCGUCGGCUCUGGCAGCUCUGCCCUCGCCACUCAGAGCGGCAACUACUUCAACCCUGGGUACCCAGCCUCGCUGCAAAACCCAGUUGCCGUCGCCCCCGUCGCCUACGGGUUCGUUCCAAGUCAGGCCGGAAUGACAAAGGCGGACUUGAAUGUGGGUGCUCCAAAACUAGGGAAGCAAAGCUCCAACCAGGCUCAAAGUGGCAGUGACCGUGAAGAUAGCCCUAUGGUAGGGGUGUGUGUUCAACAAAGCCCUGUUGUUAGCCAUUAAUAUUUGCUCCACUUUUAGGAACUUGUCUUUUUAAUGAUGUUUUAGAUUUAAGUGUAGGCUCAAUUGAGCUGCCUGUUUUCUUAUGUCGAUUGUAAAGUGUACAUAUAUAUACAUAUAUAUGCAUAUAUAUAUAUAUGAAUGUUUUGACCGAGUGGCUCUUGUCUUUGCGCCAUUUGUUUGCAUAUUGUUGACAAAUGGGCCAUUUACUUAGUGAGAAUGUUGUUGUCAUUAUUGUUCAUGAAACAUCAUGAAAUUCCAUCAUCAUUUAUGACACAUAGUUAAUUUGACUAGCAGUGCUCAUUUGAAGAUCCUGUCAGGAUCUUUUAGUACACUCGUGGAAUCUGCAAAAACCCUGUGCUGUAGCGCUGCAAGUUUUUGUGUGACAACACUCUUGUGAUAGAAAGUUUCUUAUUGUGUAACUAUGUGAAAAGGAACUCAUGUCGUUUUGAUAUGAAUUAUUUUUACUAAGUUUAGAAAAUGGGAGUAUGAAACUCUGUGUGAAGUCUGGGUGGAUGUGAGUCUGCUUUGGAUUGGAGCUUUUGUUCCUGCUCUCAUCCCAUUUCCCCCUCCAUUCAAACUCAUUAACUGUACUGAAAUGGAGGGUUCUUCAAUCUUUACUUUUUUAGAGCAAUUUGAAAAUAGGUCACUUGUUAAGGAAAUGAGUUCACUCACUAAUGUUUACUUUUGGAUAAAACUCUGUUGAUAUCCUUAGGUAAACUUGUAUCCAUUUUUAGGCACCUCACAAUGGGAGAGUGCUGUUUUCAUAUAUCCUUGCUCAGCCUAAUUUUAUGUUUGGAUCAAUCUAAAGUGUUCAUUUUUCAUUCAUUGUUUUUACUGGUAUCAAGUCUGUAAUAGGUUUCAUUGACGCUUGUACUCAUUUGUGGUCCUUUGAUGUAGGGCAUUGUAAGGCAACUUUUUAAAGGACCAAAACAUCAUACCUUUGUAGCCUCUGGCAAUAACUUGGAGGAGAGAGAAGGUAUUCAGUCUGCUAUGAUUCUUAGCUAUAUUUUACUUAUUUCUUUUAAUACCCAACAUCUUACAGAGAUUUUGAAACAAUGUGCUCUUGUUCUCUCUCUAUUAUACCUAUAUUUUUAUGUUGCAAUUGGGCCUUAGAGUACUAGUACUAGUAUCAACAGCAAUUACUUAGAUCUUGUAGUAAGAAACUUCAUCAGUUUUCUUCAAUUCCCUUUUUGAAAGUUAAGAUUUAUAAUGGUAAUCUCUAUAACAUGAAAGUAUACAUAGCUAGCAAAAAGCAAAGCGAAGAAGAGUUAUAAAAAUCACAUGACUUAUGAGGUGGCCCUAUUUUAGAAUUAGUUAUUCUAUUUUUUAAUCAAUGCACAAAAUGUGAUAGAAUUCGGAGAGUUUUUAAGCCCUUUGUUUUAUUAUUUCUAUUUUGAGUUGUGCUUACUUUUGUUGCCCCUCAGAUUUUGUGUGUGUUUUAGUAGAAAACUCAGGCUCUUUUCCAUCUACUCAUGAUGAUCCAUGUCUGAUACACCUUGCCCCUACUCAAUUUCCCCUCUCUCUCUGUCCAAAUAUUUAACCCAGGCUACCAGUACUACCUUUAUUUUCUCUUUAUUUAUUUAUUUAUGAAAGGGCUGCAAAUGUGUUUUACUUGUGUUUCCCUAUGAAGUGAUGUUAAUAAUUGUAGUUGUUAUAUAGCCUCAGAAGUGUUAUUUUAAUCAAAUGAAAUUACAUAGCUUCCUCCCAUUCCGUUACAAUUUCCUACAUGCCACAAAGUCCACAGCUCAUGUUGUCAUUUUUAUUUUGUUUUUUUCCUUUUUUUAAAACUCAUUUUCAUUGUUUUGUUUUUCUUUUUAUUCAGUGAAAUACAAUAAAAGUUAUGAAAUUGUUUAAAGCUCAAUUAAUCAGGUUUCACUUGUGUUUUAAUUUAUUUUAAAUUUCCUUAAUCAAGGAGUGAAGUGGUAGGCAAUCAAUAUUAUAGUAUUGUUUAUAACAUGUUCUUGAGAAUACAAUAAUUCAUAUGAAUUAAUGAGCUGAUGAAUCAUGCAUUUGUAAGGUGAUCCCACGGGCGACGGACGAUUCCGAAGUCUGUAGUCCCGCAGUCAAAGCACCACCCGGGACUGCCUUGCCAGUGCAGUUGCACUGCAGGCUGGAUGCCGCUCUGCAUGUGGGGGCCCCACAGUGGGGCUGCGCACUACGCACUACCGAUAGGAAAGGAUUGUCUCGUCUGUCAAAGAGAUCGGCUGACGCGUUGGACAAUCACAUGCGUCGAGUAUUGACUGGGUCUCAAGUCGUUCUUUCUCCCACUUAGUUGACAGGCGUCCGUCUGCCGCCCGUGUGUAAAGAAUAAAACAGUUUGUGCAGAUAACGAAUUUUGGGACACAUUUCUUUUAUGUUUGUGCUUUGCCUGACAGAAGUUUUGUGUAUUUAGCUUGGUUGAAUUUGUUUUUGUUUGCUAAUUGCCAAAAGUAAUGAUGGAUAAUACUUUGCAGUUUUGCCACUUAAUGCCAGUUACUUCCCUCUUUCCUGAGGACUCCAUUAUUCCGAUUAUGGAGCUGAAUAAUCAUUUUCCUAAGAAGCAGUAUUGGUUAAAUUUUCGGCAUACUUUGAUGUGGCAUGAAAUUUUUGACAAGGCUCUCUACUUUAUCUUUCCCAGUUUUGAAAGAAGCUGGUUUUUAGCUGCAGCUUGCACUUUUGUCUGGGCUGGAAACACCUUCAUAAAUUAAUGUGUUCUGACAAGCUUUACAAAACCUUGCAUUGUUUCAUUGUUUUGAUUUUUAUUAUUAUUAUUAGCUUCAAGCUGUAUGUACUUCAAUGAGUCCUUGGGCAAUGAUUUAGGUGACAAUUUGUUAUUGUUCGACUGAUCUCCUCAGGGCAAAUUUUUCUGAAGGCCUUCUAUGGCCACAAGGCCAUUUAUUGAAUUUUUCCUGCCUGUACUGUACCAAUGAGACUUUUUCAAGUAUGUACUCUGAGGAGUGAUAGUAAUGAUUAUGGAUGCAAAAAUGAAUUUGCUGUUACCAAUGAAUCAACUAAGUGUUGCUGUAGUAACAAUUAGACGCUAGAAGCAUCAAGUGGCAAAGUGCUUUCCACACAUUUAGCUUAAAACUGACUGGUCUGUUACAGCUGCCCCAUUCCUGUGCCCUCUAGUUACUUUGUGGUAUGGAUUCUUUUUUUUUUUUCUAUAUUUGUUGUUUUGUUUGUUUGUUCAAAGCAGUUGCAAGAGUUCCAUUUUAACAACUUUUCUUUUAAUAUUUGUAAAUGUCAAUCAAUGUGUUCCAGCAGCAUUUUUUUUCCCUAAUAGUUUUUGGAAGUUUUACCUAAUACCUCUCAUUUUAUUGUGUGAUCCAUUGUGCUAUUUCACAAUAAGUCCACUUGUUCCAGAGUAAGUUUUCAUUAAUUAUUUUUCCAAGAGUAUGGUUAUGUUUUUCCUUUUGAGAACAAGUUCAUUUUCUACAAUCUCAGACCAUUCAUUGUCCUAAUUGACUUCUUAUUUGAAUAAUCCAUAUCUUACUAUCUCUUCAUCACUGGUUUAAUUCAUACACCAGUAUUUGUCUACUUAUCAUUUAUGUAAGGAUUGCCUCAAACUUCAUAUUAGUAACUUGUGUGAUACAAUUAACAAUUUUGGAAUGGUCCUUGUGUGUUGGGUACCCGCAGCUCUAAACCAACUUCCUCGUAGCAUUACUAUAAUAGAAUCUCGCUAGUUCAGGACAAGUUGGUUGUCAUAUGUAUCAAUUAAAAUUAAUGAGGAGUUAUGUGUGGAGGAGAGAAAGAAAAGUUGUUCCACAUUAAAGGAUGACAAAUUUAUGUAAAUUACAGCUUGGAGUUUGAUUCUGCAUUAAUAUGUAAGAAAUAAAAUCAUAUUGUUCAUUGUCUUUUCUGAGGAUUGAAUGUUAAAUUACUUGGUCAAAUGUGUGUGUUUUGAGUGACUUGAUGUUGGGAGCGACAGUGGAACUCACUUUACCGGUCACAAUAUUGUUAGAAGGGAUGCUCACGCAUAGCUCCUGCAUACGGCGGUGCAAUGUUGUGCAAGUUAGCUGUAACAAUGUACUGUAUGUGAGUUCCUCUGUAUUAUCAUGCUUCUGAAAACUAUUCUCCCAGGAGGUGCCAUUCAAAACAGAUGUAAACUGGACAGUGGGCAAUGGUGCACUUUUACAUACAACUCCAAAGAGCAUGAAGAUGUGUCCAUAUUAAUGAUAAUUGGCUGAAUGCAGAGUGACUUUAAUUUGUAUUUGUUAUGGCUACUGAUAGUACAUAGUACAUUCUUGUUCCACAUUGAAUGAAAUUUAUUCCAGACCAUUGAUUCAUUACAUAUAUAUGCAUGGGCCAUUGUUACAUGUCUUAGUUGAGCUAGCUGUUAAGUAACUACAAACAGAAACUGCCAUAGUUGAAAUAUGAUGUGAAACAAGGCAAAGCCAGUAAAAUGUGAUAAAGAUGUGAGAGUCAGAUUUAGUGUGAAAAUAAAACAAAACACUUGUGCAUAUUUGUGGAUUAUUAUAAAAUUGAAUUCCCAUAUUGUUUUUUGUACUUUUUUUUUGUUGUCUUUGUAAGCACAGAUUGGCCAUAGAGUGACUCUCUGCUGCAGCUGCAAAAAAAAAAAAAAAAAAAUCAACCAAAAAAAGAAAAAACAAACCUUAAGCGGCAUUAGAACAACUUCCAAGUUGUAUUGUUUCGUUUUUAUUUCUAUUGUAUUAUGUAUAUCAAUGUGGAGUGCAACUUUGUGAUCUAUACGCCUCAAAUUCUUUACUCUAAGAAACUAAAUGAUUGUUACAAACUCAUACAUGUAGAUUCGCAGUAUUGUUAAUAAAGUUAUAAAAAAUCACUGUGUAUACCAUAAUCAGAUUGUUUAGUUUUAAAUUUAACUGUAAAUUCUUUGUAAAUAAUAAUAUAGAAAAUUGUUAUCACCGUU